AUGGCAUGCCAAAGGUCCGUCCUGCUUUUCUUCUGCCUAGUGCUCUCAGUCAGCAUCCAUCUGUCCAAAGCUCAGCACUGGUCCCACGGUUGGUACCCUGGUGGGAAGAGAGAGGUUGACUCACCACAGAGUCCAGAGGUCACUGAAGAUAUCAAACUGUGUGAUGGAGAAGACUGCACUUACUUGAAGAUCCCCAGAGAUAAAAUUGUGAAGAGUCUACUGGCUGACAUGCUAGCAAGACAACUUCAGAAGAAAAAAUGACGCCGCUUUUCACAUUCUCC